CAAAUCGUGAAUGAUGCGCGAUCUUUAUUUCCUCGAAUUUUGAAGCAUUACGUGUGAAGUCGACAUUUUGUUGCAUUCCCAGUGAUUCUAAAUAUACAUAAAGGUUCAAAGCACAUUCUGCGAUCCGAAUACCCCACUUGUGCAUUCUAGAACGCUUUGGAAAUCGGGAAUAGAUUAUGAUAAUAAGCCAAGUAUUUGAGUGUGUGACGUCACUAAUUAGACUCUGUGUAUUGUCAAGAGUCUAUUCAACAAGUUUAGAUAAUUCGAUGAAAGUUUGUGGAAAUGGGGAGCUCCAAAAUAACUAUAGUUGGAGCCCCCUGCGGACAGCAUGCGUCCUAUACCUUCUAUAAAGCCUUCAAGUAUUCUCGCCGAGGUGUCACACGCAUCCUUUCUCUCAGUGAAUUCUUCUUCGUCAAGAUAUCAAGCGCUUAUCCCGUGUCUAUCGGCGAGCUACAGUUAAUAUGGACCGAGAAAAACAACGAUACCUUAUUGUGCAGCCUGCGACUUUAUUUCCUGCCAGAAAAUACACCAGAUGGGCGAGCGGAGGCACAUGGAGAGGAUGAAAUCCUCGCAUCAGCAGAAAAGUUCGUCCUAAAAGCGGAAGACCUUGUUGACUGGGUGACGAUGUGUCCUGAUUGGAUGGUGGGGACCCCUGGUGUCUGUUGUGAGGAACUCCAUGCUGACGACAAUCUAAUGAAGAGCUUUGCUGCGAACAACUCAGGUCUGAAACUCAGUGAUGUCAAACAAGAGAAGAAACUGAUCGGUGAUGUUGGCAGCUCUGACCCUCAGAUCACCAUCCUCAGCUACCCACGCUACUGUCGGUUCCGAGCCAUCCUAAAACGCCUCGGCAAUAUGAAGGAUAAGUGGUUAAAGAAUGCAAUCGUGGCAGCCAUUGGCGGCUUCACCGUCACCAAGAAAAACUCACGGGUGCUAUUUUGUAAGGAUACAUUUGACUCGGCGGAUUUGGAAAGUUUGGAGGAGAGAUGUGAUCAUUUAGCUCCCAAUCUGAAGGGGCGACCACGCAAGAAGAAGCGAUUGUCCAAGGAUGGCAGCUUCAGUUGUUCAGAGUCUGAGGAGCCGGAAACACCUGUUAAGAAUGGUCAAUGUUCAAUUGGCAGAAAGCCUGGACGUCCAAGUCGUAUGGUGCUACACUCCAACAAGGUCGGUGAGGAGAAGGUCUUCCUCAUGGCCCUCAACAAGUUCAUGAACCGUCGUAAUACUCCCAUCGGAAGGAUGCCUAGUCUUGGAUUCAAAAAAGUUGAUUUGUUUGUUUUCUUCUCGAGUAUCAAGAAGUUGGGAGGAUACAGAAAGGUUUGUGAGAAGCGUUUAUGGAAGUUUGUCUACGAUAAACUCGGCGGUCAUCCAGGCAAUACCAGUGCUGCCACCUGUACUAGGCGACAUUAUGAAAAGUUAUUACUCCCAUUUGAGCAGCAUCAGCAAGAGGAGGCCCACAAACAUCAGGCGGAGGUGCGCUCGGUGGCCAGUCGGGCGCUCAGCAAGGCCAAGAAGGUACAGCUUCAGAAACAUGUCCACGAGGAGGAGAAAUGGGAACAGAAGAAGAGGAAGAUACCGGGCAGAAGGACUCAGAGUCUGUCAGAGAAGGAGAAAGAAUGGGAGUUAAUCAGGAAGCAGAAUGCUCUCAAGCGCGUUCAGUCAAAAUAUGGUGUCGAAGGACAGGAAGAGAAACAACCAGUUGUAACACCACCUGCCAGCAAACCUAAAACUACACUCAGUACAAAAGAGAAUACAUCCAAAACGUUACCAGAAAAUGACUCGCUGCGACAAAGUCAGCUGUUGCGCCGGCGAGAGGCAGUACAUGGGAACGAGUGUGAGCGUGUGAAUGGUAAUCCCAGCCAGGCCAUGAUGAUGGUUCCUGUCACACAGGGCUUGGUAGCACCACUGAGACUUCCAAUGAUGCAGCCAGUCUUAGCCAAUAUACCGGUACCUCAUGGUGCUAUGCAUCCCAGUCUGUUCCGGCCGGGUCAUCAAACGCAGGCUCUGCCGUAUAUGAUAGGACAGUUUACGCAGCCAGAGUUCAAACCAUCCAUUGUCAAUUCUCAUGUUCCUGUUUCUGGUGAUACACAUAUUCUGCAAAAUGGCCCAUCGCCCCCAAAACCACCUCCUGCACACUCGCACAAGUUGAAUUCAUCACGUCCAUCAGUCAUCCAGCACACACAACACAAAGGACCAUAUUCCAUGCCACCAAAAUCCGAAUAUGCCGCCAUAACGUAUGAUCACCUGGCUCAUCAUCAUAAACCUCAGCCAUUUGUGCCAGGCAGGACAGAUCGACGAAGUAGUGCCGAACUUGAUCCAUAUUAUAAGACUGUCAAAAGACAGAGACUAAACGAGGAAGUUACCUCUCCUCAAAUCCGAAUCAAACCAUUUUCUGAGCGUGAAAACUUACCGCCGACUGCUGCUACUCAGAGACAAGAGACCACCGGCGACAUGCCCACUGACCUCAGUAUGAAAACACUCAAAGCAAAGGAGAAAACGGCAGAUACUGUGCCACAGACAAACAAUCGCACUUGGAUUGAUAUCCCUGUGUAUCACCCACAAAGUGCUAAUGCUCCAUUAAACCUCCGUCGUACGGAUAGGCCAACUUCACCAGGGCGAAGUUCGUCGACGCCAACAGGACAUGCAGCCAACCCUCCGCGAAUGUCUUCUGCUUCGACCUACGAUCUGAUGACUCCAGCUUCGAGCCGUGUUUCAAGUCGAGGUUCGCCAUACGUGAUGGAUAUAACACCGCCUCCCCACGCAUCUCCUGCACUGCCAACACGAGCAUCGCCAGCUCAUCAAUCAAAGAGUUCCCCCGCCUCUCAUCCGAGGGCGUCUCCAUCUUCCUUACCACGAGCCUCGCCAGCAUCACUGCCUAGAGGAUCGCCUGCAAUGUCGGACAGACACACUCAAUCACUAAAUAACAAGAGGUCACCUCUCGAUGUCUCCAUGCCAAUCCACCCAGCCUUCCUCCCAGUGCAAUAUCAACAUCUCGCAAUGACACAGGGACUAGUCCCACCAAACUCGCCAGCCCAACUCCAGCAAAUGUACGAAGCCCAGAUGCAGUCGAUGCAGGCUAAUGCAGCCCACAUGGCCUUCUACGGUGAGAUGUUACAGCACCCAAUGUUUAUGGGCCAGGAAGGGUUUGCACGGCCACAGUUCAACCCUCAGAUGCACAGAGAAGGGGCCUCUUUGUAUAGAAAAUGAAGCUUACACUGCCAAUUUUGAAAGUAUGACCCUAGUUGGUCCAAUUAGUUGAUUGUUGAUUGAGGGAAACUGUGAUUGUCACUCAGGACUUUUAUAUAAUUUGGAAAUGUACAGACAAUGUCAUGCUCAUUGUCAUGUAGGCAAUGUCAAUUGCAUGUAUUGUCUUGCAGAUUUCAGUUUUUGUCAGCUUUAUGGUAUUUGUAGUGUGAUCCUGUAUACAUCCGUUGCAUGUUUGCUUGACAACAGGGCAGUAUUAGUUUCAUGCACAGGGUAAGACACUACAAGCUGUGCACAUUUCUAACAAAAUCCUACAUCCAUGACUUGCUGUGCAAACAUUGUGAAUCUUUUGAUGCUUUUGUCCGCUGACUGUAAAUGUGUUAACUGUGAUUCUGUCACUUGGCUGAGCCGAGCUUUCUUUAAUCGUGGUCUCGCCAAUUCAGUUUUCCCGGUAUUUUGCUUUAAAAGAUUAUAGGAUCAAUCACAACAGAACAGAAGUGGUGCUCUCAUUUAUGUCCACCCCCCUGUUCAGUAUAUUGGAUUGAUCCACUGUCAGAAGUUUGAUUCUGGUGGGUUGAUCCAUUGUGUGAGAGAAGGUUGAACAGGUUUCUUCCUCAUCUUUUGUAUUGCUUCAACUUUUCUACUCUUACUAUGCACAUUUUAUACGUCAGGGUAGUCCUUUAAAUGUGUCGGGGGGGGGGGGGGGGGGAGUUAUACAUUGAAGUUAGGCUCAGUACUUGACACUGGUAAAGACUUCACUAGGAUGGACCUUUAUAUAUCGUGCCACUUCAAGCGUAACGUCAUCACCAUGAAAGAUGCCUUAAAAAGCUGGUGGGAACGUAAUGUUCUUAGAGAAGUGAUAGCAAUAUAUGCAAUGUUUCGAGGCUUUAUUGAAGACACAAAAAGUACUUAAGUUCAAAACUCAAGUGAAAGCCAUAGUUUUCCACAGGCCUCAAGAUUGACAAUAUGCAUGUACGAAUGAGUUGUAUAUACCUUGAAAUGUUGGUGUCAUUUGGGAUACGAGGCUAUGAGUGUUCAUUCAAUCUGCUGUUUGUGGCGAGGUUUGCUUUGGGUAGUUUAAGCCGCCACAACUUGGUGGUUGACCCGAGGCCUGUGAAGAAUGGUGGUCUUUUCACCAUGAAGUGAUCUGCCAAACAAUCGUUAUUGAAAAACAAUUAAUUAUUUGUAGAUAUUUUAAUUGGUACAAUGGUUUAUAUUUGGUAUUUCAAUGAUGAUUUCGAGAUGUAUGAUGAGUUCAGAUUACCUGUUAAAGUCUAGGGUUGUUUUAUAUGUAGAGUUGUUUUAUACCAUGUUAUUUAGUCAGCUGUUUAUAUAGAGCUUUAUACAUCAUUACUAUGUAGUGUUCAAUGUUACCUGUAUUUGAAUGAGUUGAUUUGGGGAAUCAGUUGAAACGUUUUGUAAAGAAGCGAAGCAUUCCCAGUAUUCUUUUCCUGAUGAUCAACUUGUUAAUGUGUUGCACUUGGUUGGCAGAACAUUUGGCAUAUUCUCUUCACACUUGAAAACUGGCUGUUCCAUAAGCAAGUCUUGUCACAGCCUGCAGAUCUUGAUCAAGGCCAUGUUUUCAACUGACCCAGUACUAUUCAUCUGUACCGCAUAAAAGUAUUAUCACAGGUAUAUUCAAUGUCAUGGAAGUCUUUUUCAAAAGUUGGUAGUUGCUCACGUCAAGAAUAAGAGCUUUGAGCAUCUUGUACAAGCAGACGUGCUUCCUCAAACAAGCUCCCCGAUACGAUUCUAUAAAAGGCAAAUCUUUAUUUGUUUUGAAUGUAUAAAAACACUAGUUUAUAUACAAAAGCUCUUCCACCUUUGUCAUGCUCAAUUACAAAUAGUGAUUGGCACAAUGUGACACUCCAACAAUAAGCCUAUUGUCUGAUGAAUGUUUAAUCCUAGGCUCAUGGUAUGAUCAUUGAAACACUGCAUUUUUGUAAAGGAAACUAGAAUUUUAGAUGUCAGUCAUUCAUAUUUGUAGACCUGAUGCCCUGAGUUAUGAUUAGAUCAAACUUGUAUAUAAGUAUUUCCAUGAAGUCAUUGAAAUAUUGCAUUUAUAUGAAAAUAAAUUCAUUCCAAAUUAAAACAGAAUGAAAGAAAAUAAAAGAAAGAGUAAAAUGAGAACUCUUGGUUCUUUUCAGUCUCUCCUGGUUUGUGGUCCUGGUUUGUGGUCCUGGUUUGUGGUCCUGGUUUGUGGUCCUGGUUUG